GCCUCCCUGCUCCCGGGUCCCUGGUCCUCCGCUUCCGGCUUCCCAGCCAGUCUUUCCUCUUCCAGGCUCCGACCAAAGGCCGAGUUUCCGGGGGGAAGGCUUAGGCGGUGACACCGAGCCCAGCCUCCUCCUCCACCCCCCACCACGCUCGGCCCCCUCCCUCCCCGCCACCACCGUCCGCGUUCGGCCGGCCGCGGGGAAGGAAGAAAGGAGCGAAGGAGGCGGAGACCUCCCUUCAACUGCCCCGCCUCUCCCCUUUCUCCCCACAGACAUGGAUCCGCAGCCCCCUCCACCUGCCCAGGGCAGCCCACCUCACCGUGGCCGAGGCAGGGGCCGGGGCCGGGGCCGGGGCCGUGGUCGUGGUCGCGGCAGGGGAGGCGCUGGAGCCCCUCGGGCGCCCCUGCCCUGCCCCACAUGUGGCCGCCUCUUCCGGUUCCCCUACUACCUCUCCCGGCACCGGUUGAGCCACUCUGGCCUCCGGCCCCACGCCUGUCCCCUGUGUCCCAAGGCCUUCCGCCGGCCCGCCCAUCUCUCCCGCCACCUGCGAGGCCACGGGCCCCAGCCCCCGCUGCGCUGCGCCGCCUGCCCUCGCACCUUCCCGGAGCCCGCCCAGCUCAGGCGCCACCUGGCCCAGGAGCACGCGGGCGGCGAGGUCGAGCUGGCCAUCGAGAGGGCAGCCAAGGAGGCGGCUGAGUCCAGCUGGAGCCCGCAGGAGGAGGGCGCGGAGCAGCCUGCCACUGCAGUGGCCGGGGCCGCGGAGGAGGAGACAGCGUGGCCUGAGUCGUGGCCUGCCGGGGAUCCAGCCCCACUGGUGGCCCCCACGAGUGCCGAGCCCCGAGAGGAGGAGGCGGAGGAGGCCGAGGCGGGGGCAGCUGAGCUGAGGGCCGAGCUGGCGCUGGCGGCCGGGAGGCAGGAGGAGAAGCAGGUCCUGCUCCAGGCCGACUGGACGCUGCUGUGCCUCCGCUGCCGCGAAGCCUUUGCCACCAAGGGUGAGCUCAAAGCGCACCCGUGUCUGCGCCCUGAGGGUGAACAGGAGGGCGAAGGGGGGGCCCCGCCACGCCCCAAGCGACACCAGUGCUCCAUCUGCCUCAAGGCCUUCGCCAGGCCCUGGUCCCUGUCGCGCCACCGGCUGGUCCACUCCACCGACCGCCCUUUUGUGUGCCCGGACUGCGGCCUGGCCUUCCGCCUCGCCUCCUACCUCCGCCAGCACCGCCGGGUCCAUGGCGCGCUCAGCCUGCUGGCCCCGCUGCCCGGGGCGGGCAAGAAGGACGACAAGGCCUCGGCUGGACGGACCUCAGGGAAAGGGCCCGAGGGGGGCGAAGGGGCCGAGUGCGGGGCUGCCUCGGAAGGGGGGGAAGGUGGGCAGAACGGAGGAGACGCCGCCCCCGCCCGGCCCCCUGCCGGGGAGCCCCGCUUCUGGUGCCCCGAGUGUGGCAAAGGUUUCCGACGCCGGGCACACCUGCGGCAGCACGGUGUGACCCACUCGGGGGCGCGCCCCUUCCAGUGUGUGCGCUGCCAGCGGGAGUUCAAGCGACUGGCGGACCUGGCCCGCCACGCGCAGGUCCAUGCCGGGGGCCCGGCCCCGCACCCGUGCCCACGCUGCCCACGGCGCUUCUCGCGAGCCUACAGCCUCCUGCGCCACCAGCGCUGCCACCGCGCAGAGCUGGAGAGGGCCGCUGCGCUUCAGGCGCUCCAGGCCCAGGCCGCACCUUCGCCCCAGCCGCCUGAGCAGGACGGCCAAGGGCUCCCUCUGCCCGUCUCACACAUCAAGGAAGAGCCGCCCUCCCCGGGGACCCCACCCCAGUCCCCGCCGGCUCCCCCCGUCUUCCUCAGCGCCUCCUGUUUCGACAGCCAAGACCACUCAGCCUUUGAGAUGGAGGAAGAAGAGGUAGACAGCAAAGCGCAUCUGCGCGGCCUGGGAGGCCUGGCCUCCUGACCCUCGCGCCCACCCUCCGCCCCUCCUUUUGAGCUCUCGGUUCGCAGUAUGGAGGAGGGAAGUUGAAGGAGAGGCACCUCCUCUGUCUACCUUGCCCCAAGCCCUUGACACUACAGGAGAGGAGGCCCCGGGCCACCCGCCGUCCCCAUUUCCCACCCCUAGACCCCUGAUGCCGUUUAGGAACCGCUUGCCCCGACAUGUGUCUUAAGGCAGAACGACUUGGAAAAGGAGGCGGAGGACACUUGGCCAGAGGGACGUGGACUGGUGGGUUUGCCCCAGCCUGCCUGUCCCCUGACACACUGGACACCAUCACCUCUUUGGAACUGCCAGACCCUGGGGGUUCCCAGUGAUCAAAGGUCUGUCCCUGUUCCUCUGUCUGUGAAUAAAUGUGAGUUUGUGAAACCCGGGAGUGAGGCUGUGUGUGGAGGUGGGAGCCAGCGUGCUUGGGUUCUCAGCAGGGAGACCCUGCACCGAGCAGGAAGUGCAAGAACCUUGACUUGAGAAGAGGCAGGGAUGCAACAACUGGACCUCCAGAUGGCUGCCUGGGGAGCUUUGCAUGCUGCCCGGUCACACAGCAGGCUUGCCACACCCAUGCUCUGUGCCAGACCCUCUGCCAGGCCCUGGAGGCAGAGGAGAAAGGAGCCCACCUCCCUUCCACUGAAGAGCAGGAAUUCCAGAGCCGCCCUGUCCACUAAACCUUUUUUA